GCUCAGUUUCUAGAAACAAAAUGAUUCCAGAAACGAGAAAGCAAUUGGCGAUGGUUGCAGAUCAAACUUGAUUCCUUCUUCUUCGACAGCAAGUCUUGAUUCUUUGUUCUUCAAAUUGUUGAUUCCUUCUUCCACCCCUAAAGCCAUUGAAACUGAGGACUAUGCAAUUCCACUGAUAUUUUCAGGUGUCUUGAGACACAUUUAAGAAAUAAUGUACGGGGCUGAAAAUUUUAGCAAUCUUUGAUGAAAUUUCAAUCGGGUUCUCCUUUUCGGUUCUCGGAUGCUUCUUGUUCUCAGCUCUCUCUUCUCCGGGCUUGUUCGCCACUGACUCUUCCAAACUGCAGCUAUUGUCAGUGGGAAUGCAAGAUCGUCAAGAACCCAGUUCAGCUCCUCCAUGGCUGCAGCGGAUCCACUAGUUUUGAUCAGAGACAAGGAUGUCAUAGUGAUGUUUUGGGGUUCCUUGAUGGUUUCUUGAAAAUCGGCAUUCAAGUGGAGUGGGAUGAAGCACAAGAUUCAUAUUUCUCCAACUGCACAGACUACAAGACCAAGAAUGGAGUUUGUGGCUUCAACUCUUCUGACCCCAACAAACAAUUCAUCUGUUUCCCACCGGAAACCAGUAUCCCGUCAUGGAAUCCGAAUAGAGUUGCAAUUUUGUCUUCAAUCUUCCUAUUGACGUGUGUUUUUCUUGUGAUUUCAGUUGGCAUUGUUAUUUUCUGUUCUAGAAAGCUAAAUUCACAAUCCUCAGAGGAAGACCCAACGACUUUGUUCCUUCAUAGCCAUCGUUCUGCGAGUCUCCUUCCUCUAGUCUUCACUUAUAAGGAGCUUGAAUCCUCCACCAACAAAUUCGACCCCAAGUGCAAGAUUGGCGAUGGUGGGUUUGGCAGAGGAUUUAGGGGUCGAAGAAGGAAUCAAUGGUUUGGAGAAGAAAAAAAAUCUAUAGUUGCAAAGGAUUUAGGGUUUGAAGAAGGAAUCAACAGUUUGAAGAACAAAGAAUCAAGACUUGCUAUUGAAGAAGAAGGAAUCAAGUUUGAUCUGCAACCAUCGUCGAUUGCUUUCUCGUUUCUGGAAUCAUUUCGUUUCUGGAAACUGAGCAGUCGACUGGAAUGGUUGUUGGAAACUGAGCAACCGGCCGAAAUGGUGCAGAAGAUUUAGGGGUUUCGAAGAAGGAUUUAGGGGUUUCCGAUGAACAAUGAAAUAAUCCGAACACUCUGUUCCGAAUUUCCAAUUGGAUAUGUUCGACAUUUUUUUCCUCUGUUCCCACUUCUCUGUCAAUCUUGUUCGUUUUGUCGGAAAGUUGAUUGCUUUUCCAUUUUUCAGUUAGAAAAUCCUCUCCAUCCCAUCAAAAAACUCAAACCCAUCAGCUCUUUUUCUUCAGAAAAUUGUGGGUUUCUGUUCAGAGCAAGAAAAACAGCCUAAAAUUGAGUAAAUCAAUCGCUUUUUCUUUCAAUUUUUCCCCUUUCGUCGGACUUCCCUUUUUCUUCAAUUUCCGGUCUACAGCGUCUUGUUUUCAAGUGUUUUCUGCCAGAUUAAUCGGUGUUUUGCUAAGUGGGUUUUGAUUUAGUUUGAAGAAUUAGCCGUUGAAAUAGGAA